AGUCUUGUUCAUUUCCCAAUCCUAUGCUUUCUCUUCUUCCCCUUCGAUCCGAACCUAAAUCACAACCAAACCAAAAACCCUAACCACUAACCAAACCUCACUCACUACAAAUACAAACCAAUCUCAUUCAUUUCAAACCCUCUUCAGAAUUUCCUCAUUCUCUUCUUUCAUCUUCCAUAACAACUUUCUCUCUCUUCGCUUCUAACUAACUAUGCCAGAAGCAAGAGACCGCCGCGUCAUACCUCUCGACAUCGACGCACUUUUCACUAACCGCCGUCCUUUCACCGUUUACCAAGACUCCGACCUACUUCCCGCCGGUUCAGAUCGGUUCGUUGCUCAACGAACUCCUUUUGGACGCGGAAUUACUCGUCCGCGUGGUCUUCACGCUCCUGGUAACGAAAAUACUCCACCGGUGUUAGCUCGUCGUGGAAGAACUCGUGCUGGUGCUAAUCGGAGUAUUCUUCCGUCUUGGUACCCGAGGACUCCGCUUCGUGAUAUCACUGCUGUUACUCGAGCGAUUGAGAGAAGGAGAAGUAGAUUGGGAGAAGAGGAAAUUCAGCAGCAAACUGGGACACCAAUUUCUGGGAAUCAGUUGACAGUUUUUUCAAAUCCAGCUUCAUUUUCUGCUUCAGGUUCACGUGCCUAUAAGAAUUCUCCAAAAUCCUGCAUCAAACUGAAAACACCUCAAGGUAGUAAGGUUCCGAAAAUCGUAAUCGACUUUGCAAAUCUUCCACAAGAAGAUCCAGAAUCGGAGUUUCUUACUCCGGAGAAAAAGCUUCUGAAUUCAAUUGACACAGUUGAGAAGGCUCUUGCCCAAGAAUUGAUGAAACUCAAAAGGACACCAAGUGCUAAGAAAGCAGAAAGAGAAAAAAGAGUUCGCACAUUGAUGUCUAUGAGGUGAAGAAGUAAUCAGAAAAUUCUUGAAGCAAAGCGUUAAAGAAGCGUUUUCAUCUGACUUAGAGCAGUGAUUUAGAGUUGAAGUAGAAAGGAAAUUUGGGUGAAAUCAUCUUCUGAUGAUAUUUUCAGUUCCAAUUGAUUCAGCAGAUUCAGCAGAGGAUUUGGUAACUUUCCCAGUUUGCUUUAUCGACAUCUUCGGCUCGAAGAUUAUAGAUAGAUACAUGUUUUUCUCAUUACAUCAUUCUUUGAUGGUUUUAAUGCUGCAUUGUAGGUGUAAGUUUUGCUUCAAUCCAUUGUACAUAUUUCAAUUCUUCCUAUGUUUUGUGUUAGAGUACCUUACCAGAUUGGUUUUGUACUCUUUCUUACAAUUACAAUGUAUGAGAAGAAUUUUCCAUCAAAUUUCUAUACUGAUUUCUCCAUUUAUCGAAUUUACUGGUUUUGCAA